AUGAGUUUUAACCUAAAUUCUGCAUCUCUGGAGGGAGACGAAAAGGUCUUAACAUUUCAACGUUACGUAGAAACCUGUAAAUUUGCCAACGGUCUUAAGUUCAUGAAAGAUCCCAAUUUUGCUUCUCAAACGGAGGCAGUUGAGAUCAUUCAGAAGCAUUUCGUGGAUAAAGUGAGAGCAAAAAUCAGCCCUGACCGCACUUAUGAUGCCAGCUACUACAACGUCACUCCAUACCUGGACUCUCAUGGCACCACUCAUGUGUCCGUGCUCGCUGAGGAUGGUAUGGCGGUAUCUGUGACCAGCACCAUCAGUCACAUUUUGGAUUCAGAAUUUUCUCCCCCCAAAACUGGAAUCCUCCUCAACAAUGAACUCGCAGACUUCUGUGGAAAAACAGACCAGAUUCAUGCUGGUGAGCAGCCGCCUUCCUCCAUAUCUCCAGUGAUCCUUUACUCCCCAUCUCAGAAGCACAUUGUGGUCAUAGGAGCCUCAGGUGGCAGUAUGAUCACCACCGGGAUGGCUCUGACUCUCAUGAACUUCCUGUGGUUCGGCAAGACUCUGCGAGAUUCCAUCGACGCCCCUGUAGUGUUUGUGGACUCCAAAAACGUCCUCAACUUUGAGCCCUCUUUUGACAAGAUUGUUCUGGAGUCACUUCAAAAGACUGGACACAAAGUCAAAGUCCCACAGAUGUUUUAUAAUGUUGUAAAUGCAGUGUCAAAGGAAAACAACUGCAUAGAUGCGGUCUCUGACUCACGGAAACAUGGAAAAGCUACAGGGUAUUGA